AGAGUUGGAAUUUGUAAAUCGAUCCUUAAAAAUAGUUUAUGAAAUUAAGGCUUUGACUGGGGGACAUAGUGUAUGGUGAAGUUGUGAUAAUAAAACAGGAAAGUGUAAAAUUUCUUGGAUAAAAACAACAACUGGAAGUAUGGGUCAUUCCAAAAGAGAAAGGUCUUCAUCAAGAUCUCCUCAUUGGGAGACAAAAAGGAAGAGGAUGAAACGAAAACAUAAGAAGCACAAGAGAAAAAAAACUUGUAAAGAAAAAGUAUCUAGAUUGCAUGAAAGAAGUUCUGUAAGAAGUUCAAGCUCGGCAAGCAGCUCUAGUUCAGAUUCAGAGCCAAGAUCACUGGCACAAUCAGAGGAAUUGUACAAAAGUAGAGUUGAGUCUUGUGAUCAAUCAAAAUCUACAUCUCCACCUAGGGCAAAUUUCAGUAGAGCAAGACUGAGUGAUAUGCUAGAAUCUGAGUCUCUGCCUAGGCAGAGUUCAAGAGGCGGAGUAAGGCCAAGGGAUCUGUCACAGUCCAAAUCCCCAAGACAUUUGACUACAAAAGGAUCAAGGUCCAUGUCUCCAUGUAAAGCUUCCUUUGGUGAAUGUAAGGUAACGGCAGAGAGAGUGAAGUCUCAUAAGUUUGAAAUCCCAAAAUCAGACUUACAUCCUUCAACAUUAAACAGUCAAAUGUACCCACAAACAUCCUUGACACUACAGAAAAGAAGCUCGAGCAGUGAAAGUGAUGCAGAUUCAGAAGAUGAGCUCAUGUUUGAUUGGGAGAACCAUCGCUACGAACUUAAUCAGAUGUUUUUCAGAGAUGAAGAUAUUAUUAAAAGAGGAAGUGAGGAAUAUUUUGACUUUUGGAAGUUUCUUAAAAAAUAUCAUGGACUGCAGAAACAAAAAAAGAUUCGAGAGAUGUGCACUAGCAACCAUACUAAAGACAGUAGUGAAGGGAGGAGCAUUAGUUUAGUUUAUCAGUUACCACUUCAAUAUGACAAAAGGUACAAUAUAAAUUUUGCCCUUAAUUUUAAAGAUAUUGAUGACUUACGAAGGAGACUGCCUCCACAAGAUUUAGAAGAUGGCAAGAAGCGACUCUCCAUGAAGAAGCUUGUUGAAAUUAAAUUUAUUAUUUUACUUUAUCUAGACUUCAUGCAGAAGCAAAGAUUUGAAAAGUUAAAAAAGUUGCGCAGUUCACAGGCUAAUCUCCCUAUUGCAGAUUACAAAGAAGAGAUAAUUUCUACAGUUCAGAAAAACAAUAUUGUGAUAAUUGCUGGUGACACUGGCUGUGGUAAGUCUACACAGGUUCCCCAGUACUUGCUCGCGGCUGGUUUUUUGAACAUUGCUUGUACACAGCCACGACGCAUUGCCUGCAUAUCUCUGUCAAAGCGAGUUGCUUAUGAAACCCUAAAUGAAUUUGGCUCAAAAGUUGGCUAUCAAAUAAGGUUUGAGAAAAACAAAACGGAGCAUACGAGGAUAGUUUUUCUGACAGAGGGUCUUCUUUUGAGACAGGUGUCAGUAGAUAGUUCACUCUCUCUGUAUGAUGUAAUAAUUCUAGAUGAAAUUCAUGAACGUCACCUUGACACAGACUUCUUACUAGGGGUCAUGAAAUGUUUGUUAAUGCAGCGGGAAAAUAUUAAAAUUGUGUUGAUGAGUGCUACCAUCAAUAUUGACCUCUUUCGAAAUUAUUUUUUGGGCAAAGCCCCUGUAAUUCAAGUACCAGGCAGAUUGUACCCAAUCACACUGCAGUAUUUUCCAAUUCCAUCCAUAGAGAUAGCCAGUAAAAGAGAGAAAAUUAAUCCUGCACCAUAUGUACGAAUUCUUCAAUUGAUAGAUAGCAAAUAUCCGGAUGAUGAAAGAGGUGACUUGUUGAUCUUUCUGAGUGGCAUGAGUGAGAUAUCAACAGUUGUAGAAGAAGUCAAGACUUAUGCUUUGCAGACAAACAGAUGGAUUGUCUUGACUCUGCAUAGUACCUUGUCUGUUUCUGAGCAAGAAAAGGUUUUUGAUGUUCCUCCAGAAGGCGUUCGGAAAUGCAUAGUUUCUACAAAUAUUGCUGAAACGUCAAUUACUAUUGAUGGUGUUCGAUUUGUUGUUGACUCUGGAAAAGUUAAGGAAAUGAGCUAUGAUUCUCAGUCUAAGAUGAGGAAAUUAAAAGAGUUUUGGAUAAGUCAGGCUUCAGCAGAGCAAAGGAAAGGAAGAGCUGGUCGUACAGGCCCAGGAACCUGUUUUCGUUUGUACUCCGAACAGGAAUAUAAUUCAUUUUCCCAGUAUAGUACUCCAGAGAUACAGCGAGUUCCAUUGGAUUCUCUUGUCCUUCAGAUGAUUUCAAUGGGAUUGCCGAAUAUUAGACUCUUCCCAUUUAUUGAACCUCCAGCUAUAGAGAGUUUAGAAAAUUCCUUAUACUCUCUAAAGGCUCAAGCGGCUGUUUCAGAAGCAGAGGGGUUGACUACCAUUGGUAAACUCCUCUCUCAGUUACCCAUGGAUGUGAGUCUUGGCAAGAUGCUGAUUAUGGGCUCUCUCUUCCACCAGGUAGAACUAGUUCUCUCACUCUCAGCAGCCAUGAGUGUACAGAGUCCUUUCACUAACCGAGCACAUCGAGAUCCUGAAUGUUUAGCCUCAAUUAAGAACCUUGAGUCUGAUCAUGGGGACCCCUUCACCCUUCUGGCCUCUUACAGGGAAUGGUUGUGUGUCAAACAAGAGGGCCAUGAAAACUCUCGCAAGUGGUGUAGAAGACGAGGAUUAGAGGAACAGCGCUUUUAUGAAAUGACAAAGUUGCGGCAUCAAUUUGCUCAACUGCUACAUGAUUCAGGACUUCAAGAUAUAGCUGGCUGUUCUCGUGCCCAUUUGACAAGUGCAGAACGUGCUCAGAGGAGUGGUCAGUUGAGACAGCUUCGCGAAUUGAAGAGGGAAUUGCACAAGGAUAGACCUCGGACGGCUAAGGUGCUCAAAGUGUCUCAAGGAGAGAGCAUUGCAAGUGAUGAGGAUGACAGUCGAACUGACAUUAAGGAUGUUGACUUCAGGAUCAAGAAUGAUCAGAAACAGUUGCAGGAGAUAUACCGAAACUCUACAAUACGAUCUUAUAAGGACAUGACUGUGCUGAAGAUCAUCCUUUGUAGUGGACUGUACCCAAAUGUGGCAAUAGCUGAUGAACAUAAUAAUUACAAGCCAGGAUCAGAACAGCUCUUUCACACAGCCUCGAAGCCAUUUGCAGUUCUACACCCAAACAGCGUUUUUGCAAGCAACCCAGAAGUGCUCCAGGUCACAGACUCGGACUUGGUAGAGUUGCCUGGGUUCACAUCGAGACACCCUGCCAGCACCAAGCACCAGCUGCUGGCUUAUGUAUCCCUAUUGGAGACAAACAAGCCAUACCUUGUUGAUACCUUGAGGGUUCCAGCUGCUCAAGUGUUGCUACUUUUUGCUCACAAUUUGGACAGUAAUGCUGAUUUAACUGUAAUAGCAUGUGAUAACUUUAUUGAACUUAAAUUCCCAGAUGCUAUGUCAGCUCAGAAUCUUGUGUUUCAAGCAGUACAACUUCGUCAAAAGUGGAAACAUUUACUCGAUCUUAGAAUACAGGCCACAACACCUGCCAUUGAAAACCAAGACAGACUCAUAACAGAAGCAAAUACAUUAGAGAAAGAUCUCAUGGCUGGAUUAGUUGACUUUUUCGUAACGGAGACAAUUUACUCGCAGCGUCGUCUUCUUGCUGCAGACAUAAAAGUUCUCCACAAGGGUCCAGGACCAGGUGAUUGUAUCUUGAGUGGAAAUCCAUUUAGUGAUGAUGGCAAUGAUAUAUGUCUGCUGAAUGAUAUUAAAGGAGGAGUUGAUUUGACACCGUUCCUAACUUACAAUUGCUUGCUCGAUACUGAAUGUAUGGUUACUACCAUCACUUCAUACGAUACCGUGUGCCCAUAUUGUGACAAAGAGUUCCAUCUGACGACACUUGAGCGUUUAGGGCACAUGGCACAGUGUUUGAAAGGUGCCAUGCAGUCUUCAAAAGCAGUUGAAGACAUGACUGAAGAUAGGAAUGAUGGUGAUCCUACAAAGAAAAAGUAUGAGUGUGACAUUUGUAACAGGACUUUGUGGUUGAAUAUUAAGGGUAUUUUUAAGCACAAGAAAUCACACUUGGCCUGAUGUGACGUUUUAUAAAUUUUGACCUACUUACAUAUUUUAUAUACAGUAUAUAUACAUUUGUCUGUGAAUAUUUUUGACAACUGUUAUAUUGUGUUCUCAUAGUUUCCAUCCAUAUGCUGUACUUCAACCCCUAAUUCCAUAAUAAUAAUAAAUAACAUAUGAUAAUAGCCCGGCAAAGGUCAUGCUUUCCUGGCAGGUGCCGUAGCCUGACUAUAUAUGUACAGUAUCUUAUAUUCAGUAUAUUUUUGUCAAGACCUGCUAGCAGAUUCUAAUUAUUAAGUGUAUAUGGUUGAAUAUAUUUUAUCUACUGUGCACAGGACUUUCAGCUUCACAUAAUUUUGAUGUUAACAUUUAAUUCAAGGCAUAUCUUUGCAGUAAGAUAUGCACCCAAAUACAGUGUAUUAUAUUUAUGUUGUGAAAUAUAACACUUGAUAUAAA